CGUUCAUACUAAUUUUUUCCCCCAAAUCAAGAUCGUUAGGAUGUCGGGUAAGCAACUUGCAUGGUCAAAUUUCCGUAUUGACAUUGUGAUGUUGUCUCAGCUGACUGAUAAAUGUGACCAGCAGCUGAUCAAUGUUAACCAACUUGAGAUUAAGCUUCUCAAGUUGAAAAAUAAGUGUCAAACUCUCAAGAACAAGAAGGCAAAGGAAGAAGGUUUAACUGAUAAGGAGGAGCAAAAGUGGAUUGAGAAGAAAGUCAUGAGGAAAGAAUGCAAAAAUGAACUAAAAGAUGUCAAGACGAGAUACGAGGAGAUUUUUGAUGAAAAAUUGAAGAAAGAGGAAGAAAUUAGAGCUAAACUAGGUCUAAUGGUUGACAAUAAUUCUAUUAAUGUUAAAGUAACAGCCAUGGAAGACCUUUCUUCUAUUAUGUGGAUCAUGAAGAACUCUCCUCAAAUAGAGGUCUUGUUCACUCUUGGCACAUCCAUCAAGUGCCAAGAGGGUUUGGAAAAAAUUGCAUUGAGCAUGGGCAUCAAAGAGAAGCUGAAAAGGAACUCAAAAUACCGCGUCAAGGAUUCUGAAAUUGUCAACCUAACCGACCAAGCCAAGAUGAACAAAGGAGAAGGAGCGUCGGGUGCAAAAUAGUUGUUUGUCUGAAGACAUUUUGUUAGUAUUAUGCUUUGCCUUGUAAUUUGGGUGACUCUAGCUCAAUAGUUGCUGCUUAUUGUGUCUAUGCUUCUCUUUUAUUUUUGUUUUUAUUACUGCUUAAAAAGUUAACCCACA